GUCGUAUGAGGGAGUGAGGACCCCGUGUCCUCCAGCUCAGCCCUGGCCCCGCCCCGUCGGGUCCAGCCCAGGGCUGGAAGCAGAGGAUGGAUGCCUUCGGAGCUGCAGAAUCUGAAAAUAUGGAUCAACUCACAAACAACUUAGAGGUCCAACUUAAUUCAGAAGGUGGCUCAAUGGAUGUCUUCAAACAGGUCACUGGAUCCCUUCAUAUCAGAGAUCCUCCUAAGACAGAAGACAGAGGAAAUAUGACAUCUCCACCAUUCCCAGAUGCCAGUCCUAUGGAGAACCCAGCACUAUUUAGUGACAUCAAGAUUGAGCCCCCAGAAGAACUUCUGGCUAAUGAUUUCAACCUGCCCCAGGUGGAACCAGUUGACCUCUCUUUUCAUAAGCCCAAGUCUCCUCUCCAGCCUGCCAGCAUGCUGCAACCUCCAAUAUGCUCUCCCAAGCCACAGCCUGCUCUCCAGACAUUUGUAGUGUCCACUUCAUCUGACACAAGCACUUCAGCAAAUAUCUCCACUGUUCUGACUCCAGGUUCUAUCAUGGCCUCCUCUCAAGGCACUGGUGGCCAGCAAAUCUUUCAUGUUAUUCACACCAUCCCCUCAGUUAGAUUGCCAAAUAAGUUGCGUGGCAUAGAGACCAUCCCAGUAGUGGUACAGUCACUGCCCAUGGUGUAUACUAAUUUGCCUGUUGAUGAGGGGUCUGCAGCCAUUACAGCCCCACUCAUUGGAGGAGGUGGCAAAAAUACUGGAUCAGUGAAAGUUGACCCCACCUCCAUGUCUUCACUGAAGAUCCCAAGUGACAGUGAGGACAGUGCAAUUAAGAGUGAAUCUUCGGCUUUACAGUGUAUUCAGGGACUACAGCAAAAACCAUCAGCAAUGACCCAAAUGCAGGGAGAAGAGUCUCUUGAUUUGAAGAGAAGACGGAUUCACCAAUGUGACUUUGCAGGAUGCACCAAAGUGUACACCAAAAGCUCCCACCUGAAAGCCCACCGCAGAAUCCAUACAGGAGAGAAGCCUUAUAAAUGCACUUGGGAUGGUUGCUCCUGGAAAUUUGCUCGUUCAGAUGAGCUCACCCGCCAUUUUCGCAAGCACACAGGCAUCAAGCCAUUCCAAUGCACAGACUGCAACCGUAGCUUUUCUCGCUCUGACCACCUAUCCCUGCACCGCAGGCGCCAUGACACUAUGUGA